AUGUAUGUCAAUGACAACCGAUGGGACAACUCGUACAAGUACAUCUGGUACUCGGACAACGGUCCUUGGUCAACUCGCUUUACAGCAUGGUAUACCGCAGGUCUUCUCUACCGCAACGAAGGACAAGAUGUGGUCAGUGCAAAAGCGGCAAUCGAGAAUAUCUAUGAGUCGGCUUGGUACGGCACUUUCAAACUUUCCCCCGAUGAGCCUUAUCCGACCCCCGACUCGGAUUUGUAUCCCCCUGAGAUAUAUACCACCUAUGAUCCCAACUGGAGAGAAUUCAUUGGCACACAGCUGGUGCAGAUCGUUGAGGAAUUUUCUGAUUUGCUAGGUGACUCUCUGGUAUCGCGUAUAGAAGACACUCUUGAAAUCGCGGCCGUUGGGUCUAUGCGACGCAAUGGAUCAUUCCCAGAGGGUGACAAUUUGACCCCGGGUUACUCCAAUCCGGCCAUCAUGCGCGCGUGGUAUGUCUCUUGGAUUGGCGAGCGCCGAAAGAACCAGACUUUCAUUGAUUAUGCCAACGAGCAAGGAAAUACAAUUUUGGAGCUUUUCAAAUCCACGGGGUCCAAUGUGCUCUCCGAGUACAACGCACCAACAUAUUACGGCAUGGAUACGUGGGCUCUUGCAGGUGCCAUCAAAUAUGGACCUAAGAAUGCUACCAUGACCAACAACUCCAAAUUCAUGUUGUCCGAGCUCUGGGCGGAUAUCUCGGCUCAUUACAACCCAUACCUUGGUAACAUGGUAGGACCGUAUGAUCGGGCAUAUACUCGAGACAUUGUGUCCAACUCCGCUGUUAUUGAUUACUUCUGGUGGGGUCUCUUCGGCUACGGCGUAGGACCUCAGCCUAAUAAGCUAGAGGCGGACCUUUUGUUUGAUGUCGCUCAGGGUGCAGCGCUGGCACUAGUAAUGGACGUCGUGGCAGAUCACAUCUCAAAGAAAGAUUUGAGCUGGCUCGGAUCGAAGAGCUCUUGGGACGGAGAACGGAUGAUCACCAAAAAGGUUCCUGAUGCUCUCGGCGCUGAUGCCGAUGUGCGAGUCAUCACCUCUUGGAUGACGGCCCCUUUGAUGAUUGGUGCUCAGCAAGUGGCAGAGGUCGAGAAUCGCGGAGAACAAUACGUGCCUGCUAUCGUUCAGUGGGCUGGUGAUAAGUCCCAUACCCCUCGUCCCUACAUGGCCUUGUUCAGUCUAUAUCCAACAGCAUCAACUAUUGAUGCCGUGGCUGGGCCUAACAGUCUUGACAUUUCUUACCCCAACACGACCCAAGAGGGAUCUGACAUAUUCACCUUUGUUCUCGCGCAACUACCUCCAAGCUGGACGCUUGUUGAAAAGAAGGUUGUCCGGGGCCUUGAAGAUCUACCAUGCCUUGAUUUGAGUAUUGAGGCUAAUGGACUGGAGAAGCAGCCAGUUAUAUAUGGCACUUCUGUGGAGGACAAUCGUGUUUACAACAUAUCGUAUGUUGUUCCGCCUACAUUUUCCGGUGUGCCCAAGAUUUCCUUCAAAUUUGAGUAUACUUGUUGA